CGCGAAUGUUAGCUCUACACUGAUCUACUCCUGACUCAGGACUCAGCAGCGGCGGUUCCGGGGCCAUCUCGCCUCAGAUUCUUCGCCCGAUUCCCGGCGCGCUGCCAGCCCAGGACGCCCGCGCACCUUGGAGGCACCAUGGAUCCUAUGCAUUUGAAUCAUUUGGAUGAUCCUCCCAUGAGGGACCUUAUCUGAGAUCCUACUAAAUUUCCUAGAGCUACUAUUGCUCUCUCUGCAUCGUUCUGGUGAGACCUGAAGGGGCUGAGGUCCUUGAAGCGAAGCUGGGGUCUACCAAUGUUCCUCUUGCCUUUUGCUAGUUCUCCGUAGAGGAUGACCUUUGGCAGUCUACCAUCCUUCAUACGACAGACAUGUCUGCGUUGUCUUAAAAGUGGGAACAUUGUGGGAAGUCCAACGCGGGAGAGGACCUCAGAGUUUGGGACUUUGUCUCUCCAGGUGAUGCUGAGGAUACGGCGAAGGCUACGCAGGUGAAAACUAUUGAGUUUCCUCUACUGCUUGGAGUAGAUGGUCCAAGUCUCACUGCCAUACAGGGGGGUGCUGAUAAUGCAUGCAUUGUACACAGCAGUCUUCCUCCUUGUAGUGAGUUUCAGAUUCUCCCAGACCUGUGAGGAGAGUUGAGCAAGGAUCGAUGCUGCUUUGCCGAUAUGCCUAUUGAUUUCAGUAUCGAGGGAGAGAGUGUCGCUAUUAGUCAACCCCAAGUAUGUGAACUCGUGGACUACUUCUAGAUCGUAGAAGCUCUCACAGAGUACAAGCGCUCAUCAUCCGACCAAACACUCCAGGCACUUUGAGCUGCUAGAAGCUGCGACGAGAAUGCACAUAAAUUAAGAUGUUAGCUGGCCUGGGCUAUCAGCAGUUGGUCUGCCACCUGUCUUCAGGAGAGAGAGAGAUAAGGAAAACAAUGGAGCAGCAUUUGGAGUUGUUAAUGAAGGGAGGAGAGCUGUCAAGAUCGGCUCCCCCUUUGAACCCUGAACUGUUUGAAGUGAUGGACAGGUGAUACCCCAGCAGGGGGAUAAAAAGGGACAGGUUCGCUAAGGCAAGACACACACGACACCCGAGGUAACGAGAUCUUGGAAGCGGUGCGUCUCUCACAAGUCGGUGGAAAGUUUUGGAAGGCCGGUUGCGGGACCAGGCCAUAGACGCACAGGGUGGAAAGGCACGAUCGGCGGGAACCUGGUGUGUGUCCACCCUUGCCUGGGUGCCGGGUUCACCGCAGAGAAACGAUCGUAUCUGGAAAUGGAGGGGGUCAUGGUCGGUGACCUCAGAUGACAUCACAAAGGGCUCGCCUGAAAGCUGACUGUGAAGGUCUGUGUGGAAGCCGUUUUUGAAUAUUCAUUCGUUUUGCUCUCUCUCUCCUUCCCCCCACUGUCCAUCGCCACGGCAGCGAUUACUGCGAACUGAACUGAACUUUGCGUCACUUUGAAACUGGUCAUUUACCCCUAGACAACGAUAGAGCUUGAUUGAUCCUGUUAUCUUAAUUCUGUGUACAUGUAUGUUUAUCAUUGCUGAACUGUUGCAUUCAUUAUCCUUUUGAUUAGAGUACUGUGUUGCUUGUUUCUUUAAUAAAACUUUCUUAGUUCUAGUAAUCCAGACUCCAACUGAGGGAUCCAUUUCUGCUGGUUUGGCAACCCAGUUACGGGGUACGUAACAUAAGUGGGGUUCUCGUCCGCGAUUUUGAACGCUAAAUUUGGGACAGAGUAAAUUGAUUGGGUCAAAAUUCCUGAAAGGAAGAAAAGACAAACAGCAGAAAUGGAGGCUGAGGAAAUUAUAAAGGCGCCGACCUUGGAGGCAUUAGAGGAUGCCAGGAAAUUGGAAUUGGUAGCUGUGGCCAAACGGUUGAAUCUUGCUAAGGGGAAGUCGACAAUGAGGAGAGAGGAGAUACACAGAGCUAUCGUAGAGCACUAUGUAUCUAAAGGUGUGUUUCCCCAAGGCGAGCUGGAGGUGGUGUCUAUUGAAAAACCUGCUGGAGACGCAGUACAGGUGCAGCUUGAAAAACUGAGACUCGAGCAGGAGUUCCGGGUACAGCAGUUGGAGCGAGAAGAGAAGGAGAGAGAGUUAGAAAGGCAGGAGAGAGAGAGAGAGAGAGACAGUUGGAGCGAGAGGAGAAACAGAGGGAAAGGGAAUUUGAGCUGGAGAAAUUAAGGAUAAGGGCAGAGCAGGGGCCCGUGCCGAACCAAGGUGGAGGGUUCCUGGCGACCCAGGAGGUUAGGCUGGUUCCCCCAUUUGACAAUACCGACGUGGAUCGGUACUUUCUCCAUUUCGAAAAAGUUGCUGCAAGUCAGGACUGGCCGAGGGAUAAGUGGGCUGUUUUGCUUCAGAGUGUACUGAAAGGGAAAGCCCAACAAGCUUACUCAGCCUUGUCCGCAGAAGAUGCCCAGAGGUAUGAGGUGGUGAAAGAGGCCAUCCUCAGGAUUUAUGAGUUGGUCCCGGAGGCAUACCGGCAGAGGUUCCGGAAUGCGAGGAAGCAGUGGGACCGCACGUAUUUAGAGUUUGCCCGUGAGAUGCUGACAUAUUGUGAGCGUUGGUGCGCCUCGAAGAGGGUAGAGGGGGAUUAUGACAGACUGCUAUUGCUGAUCCUGAUUGAGCAGUUUAAAGGUUGUGUCCCUGAGGGUAUGAGACCCUACCUAGAUGAGAAAGAGGCAGCCACGUUAGCCGCAACUGCUAAGUUGGUGGAUGAGUAUGUGUUUACGCAUAAAAUGAAGUUUGCCCCGAGUAAAGGCUACCAGAAGGGUAGUCAGGAUGGCAGGGAGAGUCCGCCAGAAAAGUCAGAAAGUAAGCCGGGGACUAGUGAGAAGGAUAAGGUAGACCGGGAGCAGUCUGGUAGGAAGUCUCCUGGGGUCGUCUGUUAUAAUUGCGGGAAAGUCAGACACUUUGCGUCCAGGUGCUUUGCCCCAAAGAAGGAGGCGGGAAAAGGUAAAACGGCGAUUUUGACUGGCUGUAUCGAGCUGGUAAACGAACCGCUAGGGGAGGACAGGUCUGCCAAAGUUCAGGAAGGGCGCGAGAAGUUUAUCUCGGCCGGAUUGGUGUCAGUGAAGGAGGGGUUAAAACCAGUUCCAGUGAGGAUCUGGAGAGAUACGGGAGCAUGUCAGUCACUGAUACUGAAGAGUGUAUUAGAGUUUAGCUCAGAGACCCAGACUGGGAAGGUCAAGGUCAAAGGUAUUGGGGAAGGGACAGAGGCCGUCCCUUUGCACCAGAUACACUUAAAAAGCAACCUGGUCUCUGGACUAGUCACGAUCGGGGUGAGGCCCGAAUUACCGAUGAAAGGCGUGGAAGUCUUGCUCUGUAAUGACCUCGCCAGGGGAAUCGUGUUCCCAGCCGUGAGAUUGACAGGUCAGCCUGCCAGCAUUGAGGCCCCGCCCAUGGACUCACAGGUUCAUCACGGGACCGCGGUAGUAAAUUUAGCUCAGACGUUCCUGCCGGCCUUGUACGAGAAGGGGGUAGAAAGUGAAAAGAAGGAGUGUAGUGAGACAAGAGGUAGUGAGGGAGCUGGGACAGACGUAGCACUAGCCAGGAAAGAAUUUGUGCAGAUGCAGGAGCGAGACGAGGGGCUGAUGGUUUUGGCAGAGACAGCUCUCUCUGACACAGACUUAACAAGGGAACUAGUAGGCUAUUGUGUGGAGGAGGAAGUGCUAAGGAAGAAAGGGAAACCAAGUGCCAUACCCGUAGAUGAGGAAUGGGGGGUGGUGCAAAAGAGUUAUGGGGAUGAGGUUUUUAACCUGGCCCACAAGGUACCCCUCGGUGGACAUUUUGCGAUGCUGGAGAAAACAGUUGGUGGAAUCAUGAAAGAGGUUUACCGGCUGCCCAGGAGGAAGGAUGUUAUUGAUUAUGGCCGACGCGAACUGAGACGGUCACAGGCUUUUGAUAUGCUAACAAACCUAGUCGGUGUUAGCGCGGAAAUCAAUGAAGCUAGGGUCCCCCGAUAAGAGAAAAAAAACAUUUUGAAAAGAUGAGUAUGGUAUCAACCACAUGGGUGAAGGCUAUUGUCUUGGCUAGCUCUGCUGAUAAGGUCUCUCCCUUAAUCCCCGAACAAAGUGACUCUUUAGGAGGAGUAAUUAAACGACUCGCACACGUGUGUUUGAUUGUCCCGAGGCGAUGCAAAGAACUGGGACGUUGGGUGGUGUUUGUUACACUAGGCUAGCCUAGCGAGCAAUAGCCAUAUAGAAUGAGUAAUUCAGUGACAAAAGGGCUGACGAACACAGAGGUGUGUAUUGGCAAUGUAAUAUGGCUGUCUGAAGCCAGCUUGAUAGUGAACCUUGAAAAAAAUGAGUUCGGCCACACGAAGGUCACUUACCUGGGAAUUGGGGUGACACAGGGGCAGCUGGCAGCGAUGCAUGCUAAAGUGCAGGCUAUCUCUGACAUCCCAACCCCAACAGACAAGAGGGCUCUUGGAGAUGGUGGGGUACUGUAGGAAGUUUUGCAAUAACUCUGCGGUUACUACCCCUCCCCCUCCUACUAAGCCCUUGCGAGAGAAAACUAAGUCGGAAUGGGAGACCCUUGUUAUUGUGGUCCGGGACGAAACCUAAUGAGAGGUUACAUUGAUCGCAAUUCAUCAGUGUUUUUGGCCACUAUGAAGUUUGCUAAGUUGGAGCCUGGUCUAAGGGAUUAUUAAUAACACAUAUAAAAGGAACAGAAAAUGUGAUGGCUGACUGUCAGGUGUUGACAACUUCAAAUUCGCUGCAUUAGCCAAAUAGCUGUUAAAGAUGUAUAUUUGUGUGUAUCCAAUAAUGUAUUCAUGUUUGUAAUUUUUACCCCGGUAAAAAUCCUUAAAAGUGGGGAAAUGUGACGAGAAUACACAUAAAUUAAGAUGUUAGCUGGCCUGGGCUGGCACCAGUGGGAUCAGCAGUUGGUCUGCCACCUGUCUUCAGGAGAGAGAGAGAUAAGGAAAACAACGGAGCAGCAUUUGGAGAUGUUAAUGAAGGGAGGAGAGCUGUCAAGAUCGGCUCCCCCUUUGAACCCUGAACUGUUUGAAGUGAUGGACAGGUGAUACCCCAGCAGGGGGAUAAAAAGGGACAGGUUCGCUAAGGCAAGACACACACGACACCUGAGGUAACGAGAUCCUGGAAGCGGUGCGUCUCUCACAAGUCGGUGGAAAGUUUUGGAAGGCCGGUUGCGGGACCAGGCCAUAGACGCACAGGGUGGAAAGGCACGAUCGGCGGGAACCUGGUGUGUGUCCACCCUUGCCUGGGUGCCGGGUUCACUGCAGAGGAACGAUCGUAUCUGGAAAUGGAGGGGGUCAUGGUCGGUGACCUCAGAUGACAUCACAAAGGGCUCGCCCGAAAGCUGACUGUGAAGGUCUGUGUGGAAGCUGUUUUUGAAUAUUCAUUCGUUUUGCUCUCUCUCUCCUUCCCCCCCACUGUCCAUCGCCACGGCAGCGAUUACUGCGAACUGAACUGAACUUUGCGUCACUUUGAAACUGGUCAUUUACCCCUAGACAACGAUAGAGCUUGAUUGAUCCUGUUAUCUUAAUUCUGUGUACAUGUAUGUUUAUCAUUGCUGAACUGUUGCACUCAUUAUCCUUUUUAUCAGAGUACUGUGUUGCUUGUUUCUUUAAUAAAACUUUCUUAGCUCUAGUAAUCCAGACUCCAACUGAGUGAUCCAUUUCUGCUGGUUUGGCAACCCAGUUACGGGGUACGUAACAAAGCAAAGUGCAACAGGCUGCAAUGAGUACUGGCUCCAGCUCAGGGAGGACAUUCAGACAGCAGCUGUGACAGGCUACAUCAGAUCGAUGUAUGAUGGUAUCGAGAAGGCCCCUGGUCCAUUGCAGAGCAAGACAGCACCCCUGAAGUCAUCCAGCGGUGAAAUAAUCACUGAUAAAAGCAAGCAGAUGGAACACUGGGUAGAACACUACUCGAGGGAAAGUGUUGUUGUUAGCUCAGCCAUUGAUGCCAUCGAUUGCCUACCAGUCAUGGAUGAACUCAACUCUGAACCAACCACUGAGGACCUCAGCAAGGCAAUUGACAGUCUGGCCUCAGGGAAAGCUCCUGGCAAUGAUGGGAUUCCUCCACACCUGAUCAAACACUGCAAGAGCUCACUCCUGCAACCUUUACACGAGGUCCUCCAUCAGUGCUGGAAGAAAGGAGCCGUACCACAGGAUAUACGCAACUCCAAAAUCGUCAUUUUGUACAAGAACAAGGGUGAUAGGAUCGACUGCAACAACUACAGGGGUAUCUCCCUCCUGAGUAUUGUCAGCAAAGUCUUUGCUCGUGUAACUCUGGCACGUCUACAAACUCUGGCAGAAUGGGUCUACCCUGUGUCCCAAUGAGGUUUUCGCGCAAGGAGCUCAACUGACAACAUGAUUUUCUCACUCCGUCAACUCCAGGAGAAGUGCAGGGAACAACAGAAACCCCUCUAUGUCGCUUUCAUCGACUCGACCAAGGCAUUCGACCUUGUCAGUAGGGAUGGGCUCUUUCAGGUUCUCCUCAAGAUCGGCUGUCCCCCGAAACUCCAAAGUAUCAUCAAGUUAUUCCAUGACGACAUGAGGGCUACUGUUCAGUACAAUGGCAGCUCAUCAGAACCCUUCGCUAUUCGUAGCGGAGUCAAACAAGGAUGUGUGUUGGCCCCCACAUUAUUCGGCAUCUUCUUCUCUCUGCUAUUGGAGCAUACCUUUUGGACAUUGACAGAAGGCAUCUACAAGCACACCAUGUCUGAUGGGCAGCUAUUCAACCCUGCUCGCCUGAGAGCAAGAACGAAGGUGCGAAAAAUCUUGAUACGUGACAUGCUCUUUGCCGAUGAUGCUGCUAUAACCUCGCACACCAAACAGCAACUACAAAUUCUCAUAGACCGCUUCUCUAAGGCAUGCAAGGACUUUGGGCUUACCAUCAGCCUAAAGAAAACAAAGGUCCUUGCCCAGAACGUAGUGGAGACACCAGUCAUUACCAUCAACACUGUGGUUGAUCCAGUUAAUAUCAGGGAAAUUAAAAUCUCCCAUUAGUACUAUCUUACUAUGUUUACAGCCGGCUGCAAUCAUUCUACAUAACUGCUCCUCCAAUUCUUACUGACUUCUGAGGGUGGGGGGGGGGGGAAACCUAUUAUACAAACACCAUCAGUGCCCAUCCCAUCUUGUUUCUUAGUGCUACCUGUGUGGCCCCACUGGACAAUCCCUCAGGAAUAUCCUCGUGGUUGUUAUGUCCUCUUUCAUCAUGAAAGCAACCCCCCCCCGACCUUUCUUGCAUCUCUGUCGUGCCUGUUAGUGUCCAUAGCCUGAAAUACUGAGCUACCAGUCCUAUUCUUCCCUCAACCGUUUCUGUAGGGGCUAUGAUAUCCCUAUUCCCAGAUCCAAUGCAUGCCCCAAAGUUUUCUGCCUCCCAAGCCUCUAAAAUUCAUUGACUGGAAACAUUAACUCCAGUACUCUCUCCACCAAUGCUACCUGACUUGCCAAGUCUCUUUUAUUUUCUUUUACCUAUUUGACAUUUGUAAAAUCAUCAGUCCUAUUACUUUGAUGGUUUGUAAACACCCAAGUUGUUUUUUCAAUUCUUUAUAUCCAACAUUAAAGUUUCUUAGCAUCGCAUUUUUCCAUUGUAAAAGAUGUCAGCAGAAAAAUAAAACAUGAAGCAAGUAAGAUAUAAACCUUAAAUUUCUAAAGUUUAAACAUGAAAUACCAUCAGUAUGCAACUCUGCUGAUCCAAAUUACGAACUAAAUCUAUCAGCAGGUAAAUAUAUUAAAACUGUCCAGUACAAAUGCGCAAGAAGAUAACUGGUUGGUUUAAUUUACAAAUUACAUUGAUAUUCCCAGGGAUUUGAAAGGAAAGUAGCAAUGUUGGGCUAUUUAGAUUAUUCAUUCAGAAACAAAUAUUUAAAAAUCAUAUGAAGAAAAAUAUACAUUCAUAGUCCUUUUUUCUCUUCUAAAUCAGAGUUGAAGCCAGUUACACUUACCAAACCAAAACAGUAAAACACAAUAAUAUUUCUGUUAAGAGAGCCAGGCUAGAGUACACUGAAACUACUUGAGACAAGCUACAUCUUUUUCAUAGUUUAUCUUACUGUAAUUGUUGAUCUGCUGCAACUGUGAUCGUAUGUAGGAGCAUAGUAAUGGGGCUGUGUUUGCAGAGCCAUUUACUAAGGAAGCUGGCAUACAUUCUCACAAUACACCUUGUGAUAGUCCAUUGUAAACUGCAAUUAAAAUGCAAUGAGGGAAACAAAAUGCAACUCCAUCAUGAACAGUUCCAAGCUUGGCUACAAAAGGAGGAGGGUUGCUCCCACCCUAUAAAAACCCAGAGCUAUAUAAACACCAACAGAGGAUCCAAAAACCUGGGAGAGGAAGAAUACACCAAGAAAUUGGACUACACCUGGUGACAAACAGAAAGAC